AUGAUGAUGACUGGCCGUGUGCUGCUGGUGUGUGCCCUCUGCGUGCUGUGGUGCGGUGCCUGCGGUGGUGGAUGUUCUGAAGCAACAUCUCCAGGUUCUCCGGGUACUCCGUCCGGUAAUAACACUCCAAACGACAAUGUGACCGUCGGUGUCACUGAAGGAGGUGUGAAAAACGGUAAACCGGAAGCGCCAAAAGCAGCCGCACCAACGGGGUCAGGAUCACCGGAAGCGAGCCCGCCACCGGCACAACAACCCAAAGGAGGAGAAUCAGGAACGCCAAAUGCAGGGAUGGACAACAAGGGUCGAAAUACAGAAGGUAAAAAGAAGGAAGAUGAAGAAGAGGAGGAAAAACACGUGGAAGAGGAAGAGGAAACGGAUGAGCAAGAGGAUGAUAGAAGGGAGGACGGAGAGGAUGAUAAGAAGCAAGAGGAGGAGAGAAAGAAAGGAGAAGCUGUUACCGGCACCACAGAGGUGAUCUCAGCAGGCGGCGAAGAGCAGCGAAGUUUAUCUUCUGCUGCGGAGGGAGCAUCGAAUAUAACAAAUCCCAACAGCACACCAACAACUGGAGACGAUGAUCCAGCAGCUGAUGGUGCAGGGACAGCAGAGGGAAAACAAAAUGAAAAUAAAUAUGCCAAUCCGAAGGAAACACCAGUGACGGCCGCAGUCAUGAAAACUACAACGGCGACGACUGGCGACAGUGACGGCAGCACCGCGGUCUUCCACACCACCUCCCCUCUUUUGCUUCUUCUUGUUGCGUGUGCGGCUGCGGUGGUGGCCGUGUGA